AGCGCUCGCAGUCCUGCAACGAGGAGGGCGCGUUCUUCGGAGCGCGCGCGCUGCGCCGGCCGCGCGGCAAGGGAAGCGGCAGCCCGCCCUGCUAGGGGUACGCCAUGUCGCUGCGCAGCCUACACCGGCGGCUAUCGUCCGCUAACAACACAUGCGAGGAUGGUGGAGGCGCCGCAGCGACAUGCACCGGCGGGCGGGCGGCAUCGCUGCGACUCGCGAACGGGCGGGUGGCGGCGCAGUCCGCGGAACAGUUGCCCCACUCGCCGGCAGACUGCGCCUCCGUGCGCAUAUCCAUCGACAACACCAAUACGUGCUGCACCGACUCCCUCGUCACCGCCCUCGACGAUGAGACCCUACUGCUAGGCGACGCCGAUAUGUCGCUAAAGCAGGGCAGCGGCACCGGCAAGGUCCACUUCGGUGGUCUGGACGAUGUCUCCCUGUACGGCACGCCAGUGGAGCCCGCGCUGCCGGCUCCCGACGCCAAGCAAGGCUUCCUCCGCAACCAGCUACAAGCCCUCUUCCAGCCCACCGACAACAAACUCGCCAUGAAGCUCUUCGGUUCCAAAAAGGCUCUCAUGAAGGAGCGAAUCAGACAGAAAGCGGCGGGUCAUUGGGUCAUACAUCCAUGCAGUAGUUUCAGGUUCUAUUGGGACCUCUGUAUGUUACUACUCCUCGUGGCAAACCUAAUCAUCCUGCCAGUUGCUAUAUCAUUUUUCAACGAUGACCUCAGCACGCAUUGGAUCGCCUUCAACUGUCUUUCAGACACCAUAUUUCUUAUAGAUAUCGUUGUUAAUUUUAGAACAGGAAUAAUGCAGCAAGAUAAUGCCGAACAAGUGAUAUUAGAUCCCAAGUUAAUAGCGAAACACUAUUUGAGGACAUGGUUCUUCCUUGACCUCAUCUCUAGUAUACCACUAGAUUAUAUAUUUUUGAUCUUCAAUCAGGUAAACGAUUUUAGUGACAGCUUUCAAAUCCUUCACGCGGGUCGUGCUCUAAGGAUACUGCGGUUAGCGAAGUUGCUGUCACUGGUGCGGUUACUACGGCUCUCAAGGCUCGUCAGAUAUGUUUCACAAUGGGAGGAAGUAUAUAUCUUGCAGAAUCUUCAAAAAAAGCGCACGGAACGAAGGGGACGUCUCAGCUCCGACGUUGCCAAAAAGAAGGGUGACACCAAAAGCAAUCUGAUUUUUAAGUUCCUCAACAUGGCAUCAGUGUUUAUGCGGAUAUUCAACUUGAUCUGCAUGAUGUUAUUAAUCGGCCAUUGGUCUGGCUGUCUUCAGUUCCUCGUUCCUAUGCUACAAGGAUUUCCAUCAAAUUCUUGGGUCGCAAUAAAUGAGCUAGAGGAGGCAUCCUGGCUGGAGCAGUAUUCGUGGGCAUUGUUCAAAGCGAUGUCCCAUAUGUUGUGCAUCGGUUAUGGCCGGUUCCCGCCACAGUCCCUCACCGACAUGUGGCUCACUAUGCUCUCCAUGAUCUCAGGGGCAACGUGUUACGCGCUCUUCCUUGGUCACGCCACCAAUCUCAUCCAGAGUCUUGAUUCCUCGCGCAGACAAUAUCGAGAAAAGGUGAAACAAGUGGAGGAGUACAUGGCAUAUCGUAAAUUGCCUCGCGAAAUGCGACAACGCAUCACUGAAUACUUCGAGCACCGGUACCAGGGCAAGUUCUUCGAUGAAGAGCUAAUUCUGGGUGAACUGAGCGAGAAACUUAGAGAGGACGUUAUUAACUACAACUGCCGCUCGCUCGUGGCUUCAGUGCCGUUCUUUGCAAACGCAGACUCUAACUUCGUGUCUGACGUUGUCACUAAACUACGUUACGAAGUCUUCCAGCCAGGCGAUAUCAUCAUAAAAGAAGGGACCAUUGGAAACAAAAUGUACUUCAUUCAAGAAGGUAUUGUGGAUAUAGUAAUGGCGAAUGGUGAAGUAGCUACCAGUCUCUCCGAUGGUUCCUACUUUGGCGAGAUUUGCCUGUUGACUAACGCUCGCCGAGUAGCUUCCGUCCGCGCGGAGACCUACUGUAACCUAUUCUCAUUGUCCGUGGACCACUUCAAUGCUGUGCUCGAUCAGUACCCGCUAAUGAGACGAACAAUGGAGAGUGUCGCAGCGGAGCGGUUGAACAAGAUCGGCAAAAACCCCAACUUGGUGGCGCAUCGCGAAGAUGACACCACCUCUGAAGGCAACACGAUAAACGCGGUGGUGAACGCGUUAGCUGCGGAAGCGGAGCAUGUCAGCUUAUCGGACGACAGCGUAGCGCGCCUGUCGGAGCGGUCGUUGGGGCUGGCGCUGCAGCCACUACAGGCGGCGUCGUGCCGCAUGGCGGGCGUGGCGCUACCAGGGCUGGGCGUGGCCGCGGCUGCGCUGCCGCGUCCCAAGUCAGAGCACGACUUCAGCUCAGCGCAAGCACAGCACCCGCCCCUAUCGGCCGCCGGUGCCGCCUUCCAUAAGUCGGACGCGGGCAUCGCGCCCUGACGCCGCACCCUGUGCUAGGCCCGGAGAGUCCGGAGGCCGACGCCGACGAUAGCAAUACUAGGCUUAGUGCGAGCCGCCGCGCCGCGCCUCGCUAGUUGUAGCGUAGACACGAGUAUUAUAGCUGCGACUUCGCCGGGCGCGCCCGCAUCGCGCCGCCCGCUGAAUCUCAUUUUGUGAUCUUAUACUUAAUUCUCCUGUGUUAUAAUUUAGGUUAAAUUUUAUAUCAUUGACGCUGUGAGGAAUCGACGAAUACGCGACGUAUUCCGAUUGUUUAGAUAUACCUGUUAUAUAUUGAAGAAUGAUACUAUUGAAUCUUUAUAGAGAUACCUUGCCAUUAAAGAAAAAAUAAUUAUAUAGACUAGACUGAAAUGUAAAGAUAUCACUAUUUUAUGCUUUGUUGGCGUAUGAAAUAGACCUCUAUUGUUAAAGCGGAAUAUUUGAUCGCGAAAUAUGAACCUUCGAAGUGUAUAAACGUUCCUGAUAAUUAAUCAUGAUGAAUCGGAGAUGUUAUAAUUUGAAGUUAUUUAUAAAAAGGUCGUGAAAGAUCGUAAAGCACGGCGCGUAUUUGCAUAGCAUUGUAGGCGCACCGUGAUAAGUUGUUACUAUUUACAUCUUGUUAGGCGAAUGUUAGACAUAAGAAUAAAAACUCAUCAUAAUAUAGGUAUUCAAUUGAGAGAUGAACUGUUAAAUCUUUAGCUCGAGGAGACUGUAACUUUUUACACAUGUAUGUAGCGCGUGAGUGCGCGUACAGUGCUAACGCAGAUAUGCGCGCGCGCUCCGUGGACUGCACAAGCGACGCACAACUGAAUGAGCCUCACGCGCGUUUCCAAUAGCACAAAGUUGCUUUAUUCAUUUUAAUUAUAAGUAGUCAUAUCUACCGAUAAUCGACAUAAUUAGCGCAAACAGUUUUCUCGGUUUCCUAAGUAGAGGUGGAUCAGUAGCGCUUCGAAUCUUUUGAGAGUCAUUUCUUUGUGUAAAUAUUGUAAUAUCGAGGAUUCGCCUAGCGCGGUCGUUUGAUGGAAGUGUAAGCGGGCGCUCGUCCGUUCGCGCGAGCGUCGCGCGGUCCAGUCAAUUAUUCCGUGCGCGACGAGACCCAACGUCUCGGCACUCGAUGCACCACUACACUUCAUACUUUGUUUUAAUUGUAGGUGAAAAUAAUUUAUUGUCGAUAGUAAUCAUUUCGUAGAAUAAGUAGGCCGGAGCGUUAACAAAUUCGGACGAAUUACGUUAUGUGAUAGAGCAGUGAUUGCCUGCGCGCGCGCCGCUCGCCCGCCGGCUCGGCGACAACUCUCUGUAGAUUGUAGAUGAACUGUGCAUGAAGACAACGACAUGCUUCACUUUAUUCCAUCUCAAUUUAUUGUCUCUUGAUUCUUCAUUCCACGAUAGCCGUCUUAGUUGACUCAAACUAUUGGGUAUCACGCAACCGCUUACAAAGUUUUUACAUAAUAAUUUUAAGUUAGACUUUUUUUAACUAGAUACCUAAUUAUGAUACAUUACAAAUUUCUAUCUUAGCAUUGUUGAAGUGAGCUUCGUCGCCGAGCCGACUGCCGCGCGGUUCUGUUUUGGCACGAAUCAUCGUUGACUAUUUCUUAUAGUGUCAUGACAAUUUGUGAAGAUGGUUUUGCAAAUGUUGACUUUUUAGCCAAAAUAUAGUUAAUGAACGACGAACCAAUACGCAGUAGCUUACUUGUAGAUGAACGCAGCCUAGUACUCAGUUUGGCGACUAACACCAAUAGUUACUUUGUACUGAUAAGAUAUUUAUAUACAAUUGGUCUUAGCAGAGUGACUAUCUGUCAAUUUAUCUUAUAAAGAGAAAAUAUAAUUGCGUUAAGCUCUAAAGCAUUUAUUUACUCUUGUUUUACGUAUCUAACAUUAUCGCUUUUGUAAAUUAUAUAAAUUUUAUAGAAGAGAUCUAUUUUUAUUGUGAAGUUGAUCUACUGGAUGUAAGUAAAAUGAAAUCAAGAGUUCUUUUUUAAUCUGGACUGUUAUUUAUUAAAUAUUUUACUGAUUUCUGGUAUCUAUUUUCACCAAAAGUGCUCAUCGCUGUCAAGAAAAUUAGAAAAAUGCAUUAAAGAAUGAAGA